AGUCUCCUCCCCGCCCACAACAAAGGCAGGCAGAGCCCGAGGGGCACCAGCCGGAGUGCCGGGCGCGCGCGCGGAGGGGCCCGGGCAGAGCCAGCUGCUCCCCGCCCUCCUCUCGCCGGCCGGGCUCCCCCCGCGCCCCCUUGGCGGGGAGGCCGCCCCCACGCCUUCUCCUCUGCAGGCCAGGGAUGGAGCUCUGCGCAUGUUCACUGAAGCCACAGCAGGCAACGCGGUGAUGGCAGCAACCAGGGCCCCAGUGAUGUGGUCCAGAGAGCGCUGGGCGGGCACCCCCACAUCGUGUGGGGCUUAGCGUUGUGGUGCGUUGACGCUGUGCGCAAGGUGGUGUUGAUGCGAAGCCCCCAUUAGCCGUUGGAGCAGACCCAGAGGGGAGGCCACCCCCCCAGGAGAGGAGAUGGAGGACAAGAGUCUGGAGCCCCCCAGCCCAGCUGCUGGCUGGGCUGCUCCCUCGGGGCGCAAAGUGGUGGUGAAGGAGGAGCCUGAGGAGGAGCUGCGCAUCGGAUGCCCCCAGGACCCGGCGGAGGCAGAGAGGGAGCCGCUUCCUGACUCCCCGGCAGGGAUCAAACCAGAGGUGGCCAUUAAGAUGGAGCCAGAGGACGACUCGUAUGCAGAAGAGCCGUGGGACUACAGUGGCGGGGAAUCCGGCGACGACACAGACUCCUCCGACAUCCGACCUGACGUUAUUGUGAAGAUGGAGCCAGAGGAGGAGGAGGAGGAGGAAGAAGAUGAUUUUGGGUGCCCCCCGGGAGAGAUGGAAACAGGAGCAUCCCCUGGCACCCUUCUCGUGGAUGGCGACAUCCAGCCGAGUCGGAGGAGAGCGGAAGCAGCCGCCUCCGCCUCCCAGAGCGUCCGCAGCGGCAAGGGCAGUGGCAGCCAGUGGGCGAAGCUGGCUGGCCCAGAGCAGAAGAAACCGCCUGCCCCCGGAGGCUCCGGCAGCCCUCGGGAGAAGCCCCGUCCUCGGACCCCGCCGGACGCUGCCGGCACCCCCGAGGGAGCGCGGCGCCCCAAGAGCCACGCGGCCUGCGACCGCCCCUUCGCCUGCAGCAUGUGUGGCAAGCGGUUCCAGCACCGGGGCAACCUGGUGACGCACCUGCGGGUGCACACGGGGGAGAAGCCCUUCCCAUGCUCCGAGUGCGGGAAGAGCUUCAGCCAGAAGGGGGACCUGAUGCGCCACCUGCGCAUUCACACGGGCGAGAAGCCCUUCGAGUGCACCGUGUGUGGUAAGAGCUUCUGCUCCAAGCAGACCUUCGUGCUGCACCAGCGCAUCCACACGGGCGAGAAGCCCUACUCGUGCGCCGACUGCGGCAAGGCCUUCAACCGCAAGGCCAACUUUGUCACGCACCAGAAGAUCCACCGCGGCGAGCGGCCCUUCGUCUGUGGCGAGUGCGGGAAGGGCUUCUGCGCCAAGAAAACCUUCAUCCUGCACCAGAAGAUCCACGUGGGGGACCGGCCCUUCGGCUGCGCUGAGUGCGGCAAGAGCUUCAGCCGCAACGGGGACCUGACCCGCCACCAGCGCAUCCACACGGGCGAGCGGCCCUUUGCGUGCGGCGAGUGCGGGAAGUGCUUCAGCCACAACGGGGAGCUGAUCAAGCACCAGCGCAUCCACACGGGCGAGAAGCCCUUUGAGUGCACGGCCUGCGGCAAGAGCUUCAACCGCAAGAGCACCCUCAUCACCCACCAGCGCAUCCACACGGGCGAGCGGCCCUUCGUCUGCGGCGAGUGCGGCAAGACCUUCAACCUCAAGACCACCCUCAUGAAGCACCGGCGUAUCCACACCGGCGAGAGGCCCUUCACCUGCCUUGAGUGCGGAAAGAGCUUCAACAGGAAAAGUCAUCUCACUUCCCAUCAAAGAAUUCAUACAGGGGAGAAACCCUAUCAGUGCUUGGAGUGUGGAAAGAGCUUCAGUCGGAACUCCCAUCUUACUUCCCAUCAAAGAACUCACAGUGGGGAGAAACCAUAUCAAUGCCAAGAGUGUGGAAAUAGCUUCACUCGGAAGGAAAGUCUCACUUCCCAUCUUAGAAUUCAUACAGGGGAGAAACCAUAUCAGUGCUUGGAAUGUGGAAAGAGCUUCAGCCGGAAGGAAAAUGUCACUUCCCAUCAAAGAAUUCAUACGGGGAUGAAACCAUAUCAAUGCCUGGAAUGUGGGAAGAGCUUCAGUCGGAAGAAAAGUUUCAUUUCCCAUCAAAUAAGUCAUACAUGGGAGAAACCAUAUCAGUGCUUCGACUGUGGAAACAGCUUUAAUACAAGCACAAACUUUCAUAAUCAUGAAAGUAGUCACCUUGGGGAGAAAACAUUUCAAUGCCAAGAAUGUGGAAAGUGCUUCACCUGGAAGAAAAGUCUCAUUUCCCAUCAAAGAAUUCAUACAGGGGAGAAACCCUAUCAGUGCUUGGAAUGUGGAAAGAGCUUCAGUCAGAGUGCCCAUCUCACUUCCCAUCAAAGAUCUCACAGUGGGGAAAAACCCUAUCAGUGCUUAGAAUGUGGAAAGUACUUUAGCCGGAAGGAAAGUCUCACUUCCCAUCAAAGAAUUCAUACAGGAGAGAAACCCUAUCAGUGCUUGGAAUGUGGAAAGAGCUUCAGUCGGAAAGAAAGUCUCACUGCCCAUCAAAUAAUUCAUACAUCGGAGGAACCAUAUCAGUGCUUGGAAUGUGGGAAGAGCUUUAAUAUAAGCACAAACUUCUGUCAACACCAGAGAAUUCAUAGUGGGGAGAAACCAUAUCAAUGGCUGUGUACAAAUUUGAUUUUAGAAGACUUUAAUUAGUAUGAGAGUAAAAAUUGCAUUAGUGUAUUUGUCAUUUGUCAACCCAGCAAAGAAGUGGACUUUGUCUUAUAAAACACCCUGUGCCCGAUAUUUCUUAUUCUGUGUACCCAGAUCUGUGAGGUGCAAGUCAUUGGCAAAGGUUUUGAAUGUCCUCUCUGGGGAGAAGGUAAAGAACAAUUUGGCAACACUGAUGAGGCAGCCCAAAAUGCUGUUGUUGUUUUUUUGAAAAGUUGACAAGCAAUUCAUAGUUUACAAAUUUGUGGUGCUCCUGAGCACUACUUCCAUCCUCAGCAUGUCCGGGAUGGCAGUGGUGUCAGCUUGAAGCUCUUCCUGGUAUCUCCUGACCAGACACAGGACAGCUCCCAGGAGAGCCAGAAGUUUCAGGCUUCCCUCUGUGAGAAGGGUAAGUCGAGGAUUCCCUUGCUGCUGUCCUCCUCCGAUUAGUCAAAGUACAUUCCGAGGGGAUGCAAGGAGCAAAUAAUUGUUAUCCGCGAGGAAGAAUGAGUUUUGUGUUUAUUGCAGUCAAAGGUGGUUGGGAGCAACAGCAAGCAAAGUUUAUUUGCUUUAGCCAACCCCAGUCCUCACCUGCACACAUCCGACACAUGGACAAAGGCUUAGAGUGAACCCAGAUUCUGAACAACACAACUCAUCCCAGUGGCAGGUGUCUGACACUUUUCCCCAUUCCAUGUGGACAUAUCAACAGAUCUUGACGAAUUGGAUUUUUUUUAUCAGUGUCUCACAUAUAUUCCUUGAGCAGGUGUCACUGUUUUACUUCUCCCCAAUGUUAACUGAGACUCAGUCACAAUGGACAAGGUAUUUUUGAAACCAUGCUGGGCGGCUGUGUCUCGAGUCAAGGCCUUGUGGUGACCCUCUGCACAUAAGUCUGGUGCCCCACAGAUUAUUGGUUCUCAUGCUCUUGCUCUUCUUCACAAGAAUGGGAAACGAUUCUGUCCAAUGUAUAACUUUGUCCAUGUGUAUUCUGUCUUCCAACCUAUCACCUGCAGUCCUUCCCCAUAGCUGUUCUUGAAUGUGACUGUACUGUAACAUUAAAAUACUGUUCCAUGCCACCCCUGUCUCCAUAGCAGUGUGAGAUUCCAGUGGUCUAGGCACUUGCCCAGAUUCUUGUUUCCUUUGGAAAUGAGGCACUUCAGAGACUGCGGUUUAUUUCAUAGACUCAUAGAGUUGUAGAGUUGGAAGGGACCCCCUAGAGUAAUCUAGUCCAACCCCCUGCAAUGCAGGAAUCUCAGCUAAAGCAUCCGUUUACAUUUAACCACUUCCAGUGUCUUUCUUUAUUAAGACUUUGACUAGGUUUCCUGUUCAUUAAAUGUCUCCCAAUACCCUUUUCCAUCUGUCUGCAAAACAAUUCAAGAUUAAUCCCAAUAGCCCUGUCUGGCCGAUUCUCUUUCCAGGCAUACGGUGCCCACCAUAGAGCCCAUAACAAUUUAUUCUUUUCCGUGUUCUGGAACGGACGUUCACUACAUGCAGUCCCUAAAAGCAGCUAGUUCUGUACUGUAAAAGGCAGGUAGAGACCUUUUCAAUUUAGCUAGGCCAUAAACCAAAAAGUAAAUGGAAUAAUCAAAAUGAAAUUAUUGUUUUCUCCAACAUACACACACACACCGCUCACCAGAAAACCCAAACCAGUUGUAGUGUGGGAUGUAUUUACACUGGUGAAAGGAAAUCUCUCCCUUUCUGGGAAAGGCUCUGACUGGGGAGAAACCUUCCUUACAACUGGCCUUGACCGGCUGUGAACUUCCGGUGUACUAGGUUAUUAAGUCCUCAAGCCCUCCUUGUCUCCCAAGGAUCCUCUGAAGACCAUGAAAUCCCCAGAGACUCCUGGCGAACCCUGCUCUCAGAGCGAGUUGGCCUUCUUGUCAGGAUAGGAUCACUUCUUCCCUGAAAUUCCUCUCUGCCUCUUGACCUUCACUGUUCCCUUUUGGACUCCUGCUUAAAAUAUGCUUUUCAGGCAAGCAUUUCUGGACGCAUAGAUGUUGAUGUGUUUUAGUCUUGUACUGUUAAUGUUUUUACUGUUUUUGAAUUUUAUUUAGCUGUUUAAUUUAAAUGAUUUGUUUUUAACUGUUUGUAAUAGAUAAUUUUAACAUUUCCAAUAAACUGCUGAGAUGUUUUAUUACCA